AGCCCAGCCGAGGCUUGCGAGCUCCUGUCCCGGCCCCGGUCCCGGGCAAAGGAGGGCUGUCCCUCGCGGAGGCGCACUCCCUCGGCCGCUCAGUCUGUCUCUCCAUGGCGUCUCGGCAGCAAACCCGGAUCCAGGCGUACCUGGAGAAGAAUAAGAUCGGUCCCCUGUUUGAGGAGUUAAUGACCAAGUUAAUAACUGAGAGGCCUGACCAGCCAAUCCCAUUUCUCAUCGACCAUCUUCAGUCUAAACAAGGAAACCGUGGGCAACUUCAAAGAACUUUGUCUGGAUCUGCAGCUCUCUGGGCAGAAAGUGAAACAUCAGAACCUAAAGGAGCAAGAAGAGAUUUCAGAAGCUAUGAUAAACCUUGGCAAUUAAAUGCAAAGAAGCCCAAGAAAUCAAAAAGUGACCUUGCUGUGUCUAAUAUUUCUCCACCAUCACCGGACUCCAAAUCAUUGCCAAGGUCAGUAGAGCAUCCUAAGUGGAACUGGAGGACUAAACCUGAAAGCCGCGAUUUUGAUGAACUGAACCACAUCCUUCAAGAAAGCAAGAAGCUGGGAAAAGCCCUUGAGAAUCUCUCUCGAAGUAUUGCAAUUUCAGAUGAACUUGAUAAGGAAACGGUGGCUUUUAAUUCUUCUCUUCUGAGACCUCGUGUGAUCGGAGAAUGGAUUGGCAGAGAAGAAAAUGAUGCUGACCCACUAGCUGCUGAAAUGCUACAGCCUCCGAUUCCAAGAAGUAAAAAUGACCACUGGGAAAGUGAAGACAGUGGCUCUAGCCCUGCGGGAAGCUUAAAGAUGGAGCCUAAAACCAAAGGAUUAAAACAGCAGCAGCAACAACAUAAGAAACUUCUGGCAGCAAUGCUUUCCCAAGAUUCUUUUGAGUCCAUCCACAGCCCUACCCCGUCUGUAACAGAAGAAGACAUUGAUAAUGAAGAUGAUGCAAUGGAAUUGCUGGAGGAUCUUGAUGAUUUAAGAAUGGAGGGAGUAACAACCCUGGUACCUUCUGGGAACAAAUUUAACCAAGGCCGUCCUACUCACCCUGCUGAGCCUCAGGCCAAGGUCACACUUAACAUCUGUUCAAGGUGUGCCAGGCUUCAAGGAGACAACCUGGCAGAAAGGACAGAAGAGACAUUACAAAUACAACAUUCUCCAGAUGAAAUAAUCCCAGAUUCUUUGGAUUCUUUGCCUGGGACUAUAGAAGCACUAAUGGAAGAGGAUGAAGAAUUUGAGAAAGCAUCUAAAUUAAUAGGACCCGGAGAAGCCUCCAGUGGAGGACACUCACUGAGAACCUACAUGGAAGAAGAUGAAUCCUUAAAGCAACUGCAGGUAGUUCAUCAACCAUGGAUCUUACCCAGUGACACUGAAAGUGACGGAGUGGAAGCAGAACAAGAUAAACGUCUGUGAAGCAGGCAGAAGAAGUUGCAAGUGGUCCUUUAAAAAUUGCAAUUAUUCAGAUCCUUACGUAUAGUUCUAAUUUUAUUUACUUGUGUAAUCACUUAGAGAAUGGUUAUUUUUAUAAUAUCAGUAAUCAAGUCCUGUUGUAACCAGGGGGUGCCCAAGAGUGUAAUCAGAGUACACUAAUCCU